CAGGAUAGCACUUCCGCUUCCGCCUAUCUGUCAGGAACGCCGCUCUCGUUUGCAGAGCGUUCUUCGUGUUAUGGCGAGAAAAACAGGAGCACGAUCAAUCUAUGAUACUCACAACAAUGUCGCCCUUGCUGAUGGAGAACAGCACAGCCCUGGUGAUAUUAAAGAGAAGCUUAGCAAAGUCAGAGAAGUUGUUCCAAGUAUGAGCAAAGAUCAAAUAUGUAUGGCUCUGAGAACAUAUGACUAUGAUGUCAAUGCUACCAUAACCGCUAUUUCUGAAAAUGGACCCGAAGAGGCACUGCGCGAGUGGAACUGUGCUGGAAAUAAAGUGAAGCCUCCCAGCAAGAACAGAAAAAGGAAAAAGAAGAAAAAGGAUGCAGCUGCAGGGUCAGUCCCAGAGGGCCCAGAUAUAGGUGCUGGGGACGAGGCCAGGAAGGACUCAGACUCCAGCAAACUGGAAGAACAGGAGAAGACCGAGGAGCUGCCACCGGCUGAUAGCCCUCCGGACGAUUCUGCACUGGAGGUGUACAAGCACAAUGGCAGCGAGAUUGAAAAGCCUGCUCAGGUGUCUUAUGGUUGGGGUGACGAUGAACCACCAGAGCUCUUCAAAAAGAAUGAAGUCAAGUUCGAUGACGUGGUUCACACCGACUCUAAAAGCAGGAGCAAACCAAACCACUCACAUAAUGGAAACCGCUCGAAAAGUAGCCGCUCCAAAAACGGCUCGGAUAUCAAGUUCACCGAUGCUUCUGUUACUACCACAAGCACCCUCCCUAAAAAAACAUGCCUCGAGAAAUCUCUGAAGGACCUUUCACGCCAAACUGUGGCACUUCAGAGGGUUCAAGUUCUACUGGAAGAUGAACUCCAUAAAGCGGAAAGAGCCAUCAAGGCUGCUUUUGCUGAAGUGCAAAAACUGUUGAAUGAUCGACAAGCACAACUUGAGGCAGAAAUGGAAAAAGUGAAAACUGAUGCUCGUGCAAUGCUGCAGCGGCGCCAAAAGUUAGCUGCUGAACUGAAAGCAAGAAGUGAAAUGGCUUCCACGCUUCCCGAUUACGAGCUUAUGGAGUUGCGUGAUGACAUCAAGCACUUCGUAGUGGAGCGCAAAUAUGAUGAAGAGCUGGGCAAAACUGUGAGGUUUUCCUUUUCAAAAGAUAGGGUUGAGAGGGAAAUCAAGGAGCUGGGUCAAGUGGUGCACGUGCGGGACCCGUACACAUGUCGGCGACUGUCUCUUUCGUCUGGAGCCAGCUCCAGCUACCCGGACUCCAGUUACCAAGUGUCGGCUGCAUCGAGCCCAGUCUGCAGAAGCCAGUAUUAUACCUUUGAGACAAUGAAAGAAGAAGAUGGCAGUGGAAGACGGCCAGAGGCGUGUCCCAACAGCCGCCGCAGUGGCUACCGUGGCUACUCCCCCGGCAUGCGUUCGGGCGGUUAUCCUCGGGGCGGUCGCAACCGCCGCUCGGACGACCUGCGAUACACCAGAGGCGACCGGGGUGCCCCUGCGGCCCGUUCGGGCUAUGGCGGUGGACGCUCUCACCGCUACUCUUCGGGCUCGGGCAGAGGCCGCUACACUGGAGACGUUGGCCGCCGACCCCGCGAUGAUGAAAGUAACAGGAAGCCCUCUCCAGACCGGGUCAAUGGACGGGCCUAGGGCACUCACCUGUUGGCAGUUGUGUGCUCCUUCAUUUUUUUCUAUUUCCACUCCCCUCUUCAUUGUGUAUUUCACUUCCUCGGUCCACACUUGUUUUGGGCAUCUGUAGCCUGGUGUUUGUGGCAGUAGGUUUUUCACCGGAAGGGGGCACCACUCAUUUUGAGCAGGCUUUUUUUUUUUUUUUUUCGUGCGGUCUACCUCCAACAGUUUCCGUUCUGUUUGUACUUUGUCCUUUGUGGCUUGUGACGUGCCAAACAACAACAAAGCAGGCCUAAUUUUGGUUUUUUGUAGUGUGUGCCUUAACACUGUUUGGUGUUGGAGCUCCCCAGUGUUGUAGGGGACUUUGCAGGAGUCGUAUUUCGGUCAACGAGGGUGGCCUGAUGUGGUCUAAGUAACUUGAUGUGUGCCUAGUCUCAUAGAGGUAUUGCCUUGAAUGUACACAAUAGUCACCCAAGUACACAAUUUUGUCCCUAGUUUACAGUAUCCCGAAUUGGCCACAUAGUGCUGUUGACUUUCCCACUGUGUAGCCACGUGUUAGUCACUUUGGAGCUUGCACGAUGACUGUGUUGCAAGUGGCUCCGGGUGUCCGAAGUGUUGUGCUGAACUCUUGUCAGCAGGUUUUGGAGGGACUGUUUUCCAGGAUUUUUGUUUGGCUUGUUUGAGUACAUGGAUAAAAAGGUUGACUGACUGCUGGUGUGUCUUGAUCUUUUGUGAUGCUUUUUGACAUAGGUUGCAGCUUGGCAUUUUUUUCUUUUUUAACAUUCAUUUAACUUUCAGUUGAAAUGUAUAUCUGUAAAUACUACAAAGGUUCUGUAUAUAACUCCAGCUGGGACGAGCAAAUGUAGAAGCCACAAACCAAGUGUUGGUAAUACUUUAUAUAACUCGACAUGUGGGUGUCAAUUGAUAUGCACAUGUCUUUACAAGCUUUGUUUGUAGCAAGCAAUAUUACUUUUUUUUUCUGUGUGUAUUGGCAGUGCAGUUGUAUUUGCCAUGCCAUUAUCAACUAGAUCUGUACAAGCAUAUAUUAUGCAGUUAAUUUUUAUUUCCUUGUGGGUUGACGAGUGAACGGAAAAUUGAAUAAAUGUGAAGGGAGAGUGCCUUUAGCCAGCUUUUCUUAUUUACCUAGCUCGUUUACUCUUUCAUAGUCUGUUUUAGAAGCAGAGUGGAGUGGUUUAUUAUGGUAGGUCUUCGGUGGUCAUAAGUCAAAAUAUAAAAUUAAGUUUGUGUGUCCUGUUCGUCCGACAAUGCACACUGUGGUCAAGGUAUUGAUUUUUCUUUUAGCUUGUAUUGUUUGUCAGUAUGCGUGUGUGUAUUUAUAUCUGGGAGGUGUGACAUUACAGUGCAUUUGGGUUUUGCCUUGUAAGACAGUUUGAAUCUGUCUUGCACUGCACGCAACAUAAUAUGUUGCAUUUUGGUACUCUGUCCACUGAACAAAAAUAAAGAUUGCUUUGUGGCUA